AAUGGAGUAAAUCAAACUGAAUGAAACAGAAACAGUACUUGAGUAGAUGUACUUAGUUACUUUGUAUGACUGAAUACUAUAUUUGAUGUGUCACGUGUUGUAAAUAACGUCUAACCCCGCCCCCCUCCCCGCAGCUGUAGGUCACGUGACGGAGGCCAAACGGUGGGGUGAGCAUAUCAAACGCACCCCGCUCUCAGAGGAAACGGGAUGCGGGGCUAGCUCCGGUUAACGGCUCCGGUUAACGGCUCCGGUUAACGGGUUACUUCAUGCCGGGGCACGAUGGCGUGAAGCGACGUCACACAGCCCAGAAUUAGCUCGAGCUAACGGAAACCGGUGUCGUCGUGUGGCGGGAAGCCGCGCUCCGUGUCGGGGUUAGCUUCCUGAGCUAACCGAGCUGCCCGCUUGUUUUUAACGGACGGAGCGCGAGCUCCCCGCCGCCCGGUCAGACCGGUACCGGGGCCGCCUCCCGUGAUGGACGGACAGCCGCUGUAGGAAGCCGCAGGAUGCGCUAGCGGAUGUAGUUAGCAUCGGGCCUGAACACCAGCACACUUCCUCCCCCUCCUUCCCCCGGAGCGGAACGCGGCCCCCGGAGCGGAACGCGGCCCUGCUCGCGGUCACCAUGGAGCCCGCGCUCAGCCCGUUCACCGACUCCUAUAAAAUGACAGAGGAGGACGUGAAGCGGCUGAUCGAGUUCAGAGCGUCCAACGAGGCUCUGUUCACCGGGAAGAGGAACUCUGCCAAGAUCGCCUGGAGCACCAUCCUGAAGGGACUCGGCCUGGAAGGGAAGCUGACAGCAGACCAGAUCGCCAAGAAGUGGGACAACCUGCGGACCAAAUACAAGGACCUGAAGCAGCCCUAUCAGGGUCAGGACGGGAUCGGGGGCGUGGUCGAGUCGUGGCCCUGGUUCCACAUCAUGGAUGAAGCCAUGCAGGGUCGCCUCUACAACAGCAACCUGGUCCUGAGUCCAGAGAGCGCCGGCAACGCCAGUCACCACUGCAGCAGCCAGCAGAACCAGAACCAGAACCAGAGCCAGGAGAACACCGACAUCCUGGAGUUCCUCAUCAAGACGGAGAUGGAGGACACCGUGGCAGCAGAAACCGCAGAGGAUGAUGGGACGGUCCAUGUGGACGGUCCUCCUGCUGAGGGAGUCCCGAUGGGCUGGAGGAGGAUGACGGAGUGCUCCUACAAGAUGACUGAACUGGAGACAGAGAGGAUGAUCAAACUUCGAGCUGCUAAUGAGGCGCUCUUCACAGGCCGGAAACAUUCAGCCAAACCAGCCUGGAGAGCGAUUCUGUACGAGCUCGGUCUGCAGGGGAAACUGACCACGGACCAGUUAGCAAAGAAGUGGGACAACCUGAAGAGGAGAUACAAGGAGCUGAAGUUUCCCGCUCGAGGUGUCGAGACCAACCCGAGCUCCUGGCCAUGGUUCUACCGGAUGAACGACGCCAUGGAGGGACGUUUCGCCGGGGCAGCGCCCAUCCUCACACCCAUCGUGGAGGACGAAGACGAGGACUGCGAGACGCUGUCGCCAACACCCAAGAAACGAGUCCGUCGGAGCCGAGGGGGGAUGGCGGAGUUCCUGACGGAGUCGGAGAUGGACCUGCUGGUUGACAACGAGGAGAAGAAUGGAUCCACGCCACUGGGAGAACUGCACCGCAUGGCCGAGUUCACCUACAAACUGACCGAGGACGACACCAGGAGACUGAUCGAACUGCGAGCUGCUAACGAGUCUCUGUUCACCGGGAGGAGGAACACGGCCAAACCGGCCUGGAGGGGGAUCGUGAAGGAGAUGGGCCUGACCGGGAAGAUCACACCGGACCAGGUCUCCAAGAAGUGGGACAACCUGAAGACCAAAUUCAAGGACCUGAAGUUCCCUCCUCGGGGCAUGGAGGCUCAGACUAACCCCGCCUCCUGGCCGUGGUUCCAGCUGAUGAGCGACGCUCUGGAGGGACGACUGGCGGGAAAAGCUGCCCGAGUGACGCCGGUGUGGAGCAGCGAGGAGGACGGCGUGUUCGGCUCGUCUCCGCCUCCCGACAGAGACUGUCUGAUGGCGGAGAGGAGCAGCGUGUCGGAGCUGGAGAGCAUGGUGGGAGGAGACGCCGCCGAGGCUGACGGAAACGUUACCUACAUCGACGCCAGCGGGGAGGAGUGUUCCACGCCAUCAGACCUCUCCUACAAGAUGACGGAUCAGGACACGAGGAGGAUGAUCAAACUGCGAGCUGCUAACGAGGCGCUGUUCACCGGGAGGAGGAACGCCGCCAAAGCUGCCUGGAAGGCGAUCCUGAAGGAGCUCGGCCUGCAGGGGAAAGUGUCGACCUAUCAGAUGGCCAAGAAGUGGGACAACCUGAAGAGGAGGUACAAGACUCACAGCUCAACAACCACCAAGAGGCCUAGUGGAGACAUACAAAGAGCCAUCCUGGAUUUGUUCUGGUCUGGGAAGCACUGGGUCCGGGCAGCUGUCCUCUACCUGCCUGUGGCUGAAGGGGGGCAAGGACUGAGGUAUCCUCCUGUUGGGAUGGAGGUGGUUGCAGACGUUGCCCUCCUCCUGGCCGUGGUUCCACCUGAUGAACGAGGCGAUGGAGGGUCGCCUGGCGACCAGCGCCCCCCUCCUCACCCCCAGUCACCCCAGGACGACGAGCAGCAGCCUGACCCCGCCCCCAGACACAGACCCCCCAGCCCCGCCCCUCCCCCUCCUCCCUCGUCCUCCUCGGAUUACGGACAGGAGGCGUUUGGCGACGUGUCUGAGCAGAACCAGAACCAGCGGAGCUCGGAGGCGUGCGACGGGUCCCUGGGCAGGCUGGAGAGGGAGUGGGAGGUGGUGGAGCGCGAGAGGGCGGCGCUGGAGAGAGAGCGGGAGAUGGUGGAGAGAGAGCGGGCGGCGGUGGAGAGGGAGAGGGCGGCGGUGCAGGCAGAGAGGCUGUGGCUGGAGAGGGAGAGGGCGACGGUGGAGCGGGACCGAGCCAUGGUGGAGCAGGAGAGGGCGGCGCUGGGCCGGGACAGGGAGGUGCUGGACCAGAGAGCCCUGAUGCUGAACUCUGUGGGACACCUCAACGCCCUCAUGUAGACCAGCAGGCUGCGGGGGGCGUAGAUCGCCCCACAAAGAGACAUCCUGGUCGGUGGUGGAGGUCUGGACCUCCUGACACUAACAGACCACAGACCUGGAAUAGUACUGUGGUCCAAACUGGUCCACACAGAGCUGGGUCAAGGACAGAUGACGGAGCUCGUUGAGUCGGGUCCUGGAGAUGAAUGACCCGCAGGUCGGGGAAGGUUCAGGGGGGUCCGGCUGCACGAUGAACAGACUCGUACUGAGUCCGGUAUCGUAGCUGAUCCACGUCGAGUGGCGUCUGGUUGAUUUGAAAUAACCAUGAUGAAUGAUUGAACUUUUAUUUUGGUAAUCAUCAUGCAGCUCUUCCUGUUCAGACCGGUUCCGUACGCAGUCUUUGGACUGCAGGUGACGGCAGUUCAGUCUGGACCUGGAUCUGGAUUCAUUCACAGACAUUCUUUUUGUUCUUCUCAAACUUCCUGUUGAAUAAAGUAUUUCACUUGGUCUGCAGCGCCGUGAAACGUUGUUGAAACGUUUGAUUAUCGUUCUGUUUGUUUCAGGGCGGAGCUCUUCAGUUGGUUAUUCACACGUUGCACUAACGUUUCCUCAGCGUUCAGACUACCAGCUGUGACGUGAAAUGUGGAAAUUCACUCAUCGAGUUUGUCACAUGAAGUAAAUUAAAGUGAAUAAACUACAAAA